GUAUUACACAAAUACUGAACAGGACACGUAAACCUCUCCACAGUUUUCAGUCCAAAGCAGCAAUGAAGCCCACAGUGAUUUUUAUGCUGUUUCUAUGGAGACUUGUGGAGUUUACUUUAACACUAAAUGAGUGUUCAAAGCUGCCUUCAGUUCAACAUGCAUUUGUAUUGGACGAAUACAAAAAGGCAGAGUACCAAAAGGGAGAUGUGAUUUACUUCUGCUGUGAUCCUGGUUUCACGACUGGUCUGAACACCACCUACAUCUGCACUGAGGACGGCUGGACAGCUGAAGCCAUCGGCCAAUGUGUUGAGAACUCGUUUCCUGUGCUUCUGGGCUGCACUCCCCCUCCACCGCUCACAAAUGGAUAUUUGCUGGAUAAUACAACGUUAAUCUAUGGAAAUGGUCAGAUUGUCAGAUUCGGAUGUGAUGAUCACCACACUAUGACUGGAGCAUUGUUUAAAACCUGCACCAAUGGACAAUGGACAGGUGACAUCCAGUGCAUUCCUAUAACAUGUAAAGUCAGUGCUGACCCACCAUCAGGCACUACUUACAAUCCUCGGGACAGGAUCAUUUUCACCCCUGGAGAAAGUUUGACCGUCACGUGUGGAGAAAAUAAGUGGGUGAAGAGCACCGAGCUUCAGACAGCUCAACUCGUUUGUAAAAACACAGGACGCACAGGAAGCUGGGACUUUAACCCUGUGUGCCAACGUAUGCAACAACACACACUACACACACAAAUAUGUAUUUAGAAAUUGAUACUUUGCAGUGACAUCACGCUGGGGGUACUGCAUGUAUGUCUGUGGUGGAAUGUUCAGCCGUUACCAUGGUAACACAACGCACACAUUAGCAAACAGAUCCUGAUAAGUUUUUAGAUACUAAACGGAUUCAAACACAUUUAAACAACACAUUUUCAGGAGCCUGUGAUGCUCCCAUUUAGGUGUUUGAUUUUCAACAAAAAGGGACAGAGACGAAGUGAAAAACUGUCGGCUAAUGUAUACUUCACACUUGUCUGACAGCACAAAUCAGAUCCCCCUUUGUAGUUCCAACUCAGUCAGGUUUUUCUGGUUAGUUUGUGUUAAAACAAAGCUCAAAGUUUAAAGAUUAAAGUCUAAGUUAAGUAACAGAGCUUCAGACAGAUCAAUGCCUCCAGUUAGCUUCACACUCCAGUGAAUGUUGAUGUCAUCAGCUGCAAAGUAUCAGUGUUAAUCUUUAAAUCUCUUUAAUGUCCUUGUGUUGUUCUUGUGUUUACUUCAGCGGUCAAA